GGCUUUGUUGAAAUUAUCUCAGAAUUAGUUUAUUUUGAGUCGUGGAGGCGAAAUAAAGCAAAUAUAAAGUGUGAAAAUUAAAUUUGUGUUAAAAGGUGAAAACUUAGCUAAAUAAAUAUAUAUUUCUCUUCGAAUAAAAAGAGCUGAGAAAAAGAAACUCGGCCGAGUUACCUACUGCUAAGGACAGUGCUGUAGCAAAAAGUCGUCCCUACUCUUUAACACCUUACAAAUCAGCAUAUAAAAUUCUUGAAACGUAUAUGUACAUACAUAUAUGGAUAUUUAAAAGUGUAUGUAAAUAUACAUAUAUUUGCGCAAUGUUAGUCGGUUCUAGAUGUUGAUUUCCCCACCCACUCCCUAUCGUAGCAAUACUUUCCUUAAUUUUUAUUGUGAAUGUCUGAAUGAAAUCAACAAAUUAUAAAUUUGUGCAAUAUACGAAAUAAAAUGAAAUAUAUUCAAUGUGGUUGUGUUUGUGCGCCAAAUGUGUCGAAGUGUUCGAGCAACACGAAAAGGUUUAUGUUGAAUGAAAAUUUAUAGUUUAGAAAUAAAAAAAAAAUUAUAUAAGAAGUGACGUCGACGUGUACUGGCAGCGAAAUGCUGGAAUCUCCUAAAUUUGUAGAUAAUGACAACUAUCAAGGCAGUCGCGCCUUCACUUGGUUGGCAGAUAUAUGUGGCUUAUCAGUAGACUUGGUUAACUUUUUAAUAUGUCAAAUCGGCGCACUUUUUCUGGCCUCUUUGUUCCGCUCGAUUCUGCAUCCUUCCAGAGUAUCGGCCCAUGUGCGACACAUUUUUGCGUUGACCGUGGGUUUGGCAUUUGGCUACUUCUGCUUUGGUCCACAAGCCAUACAUAUUGCCGGACUUCCAUCUGUAUGCUACAUUGUCAUACGUACGCAGGAUCCGCGGGUGGUGCAGCGAAAUGUCAUGCUCGUCGCCAUGACAUACCUGUUGUGCAUCCAUCUGAUUAGGCAGAUCUACGACUAUGGCUCCUACUCGCUGGACAUCACCGGUCCGCUAAUGAUAAUUACACAAAAAGUAACAAGCUUAGCGUUCAGCAUACACGACGGCUUUGUGCGUCAGCAUAAGGACCUCACAAAAGCACAACAAUAUCACGCCAUUUAUAAGGUUCCCUCGGCGCUCGAAUACUUCUCAUAUGUGUUGCACUUUCAAGGGUUAUUGGCGGGCCCAUUGGUAUUCUACAAAGACUACAUUGAGUUUGUUGAAGGCUACAACCUCCUAAAGCGACCAUCGACGAAUGGCAAUUUAGAUAAUGGCAAAUCAGAGUUGGUGUUGGAGCCCUCCCCCGUCAAGGCGGUCAUCAAGAAGGUCAUCGGCAGUAUGGUGUGUGCAUUUAUAUUUAUGAAAUUCGUGAAAAUGUAUCCCGUUAAGAACAUGAAGGAGGAUGACUUUGUAAAUGACAGCUCGAUGGCGUACAAAUUUUGGUAUGCCAUGAUGGCCACAUCAUGCAUACGCUUUAAGUAUUAUCACGCAUGGCUACUAGCCGAUGCCAUCUGUAAUAAUUCAGGUCUAGGCUUCACCGGGUACGAUAAGGAUGGCAACUCCAAAUGGGACUUAAUAUCGAAUAUUAAUGUGCUCGGAUUUGAGUUUGCCACAAAUAUGCGCGACGCUAUCAACAAUUGGAACUGCGGCACAAAUCGUUGGUUGCGCACCAUUGUUUAUGAGCGUGUGCCGAAGAAAUACGGUACUGUAUUGACAUUCGCUUUGAGCGCGGUCUGGCACGGUUUCUAUCCUGGUUACUAUGUGACAUUCGCCACCGGUGCGUUGAUGGUAACCGCUGCGCGCGUGGCUCGUCGCAUGUUCCGUCAUCGCUUCCAGCGCACUCAAUUCACGCGUAUGUUCUAUGACAUACUCACAUGCCUAACUACUCGCCUAGUAAUGGGUUAUGCAACAUUCCCAUUUGUACUGCUUGAAUUCAUGGGCAGCAUUAGAUUGUACCUGAAAUAUUAUUUAUGUUUCCAUAUAGCUGCACUGGUUACCAUUUUUAUUUUACCCAAAUACAUACGCGGCGAACCACGCCGAGAACGCACCCCACAGAAACUACAAAACCCAAGUGAAGAAGAUAUCAAGUCCAACAACUUCAGCACCGUCUCAUUGCCGGCGGCAAGCGCAGCUGUACAGGACGUUCUUAAUGACAUCUCAGCAAAAAUACCUCAAGGCAAUAGUAACGAUCUCAACGACGACUAUGAAAACCUCAGCGCUCCAGCAACAACGUCGAACCUCAAUGCACCACAACCGGCACCGCUGCUACCCACCGUAGCAUGCGCACGCGAAGCGGUCAGUGUGAAGCACGAGGAGUGCGAAAUGGAUCAAUUAGGCAAUAAGAUCAAGGAAAAGAUCGGAACGGAGACAAAGAACAUUGAAGAAUUCAUUGAUAAGACUGUAGCGGAAACUGUUAGCGGCAUCGUUGAGUUGAAAAACGAUUUGAUGCGCAAUCGCGACUUUCCCACAAUACCCAUAUCACAAGAUGGCCUACGCAAACGUGUUGGAAUCGGUGCAAAUGUGACAACAGGGAGUGGCGGCAGCGGCAACGAGACUAUUGACAAACUAGUAAACGGUGUCGAGGAAAGUGGCGCUUUUUUGAAGAAAGAAAUCGAAGUGAUCAAUGCGGUGGUGCAACAAGCAAACGUCUUGCCAGCAGUGCUGAGCAAUGGACAUGCUAAAUAGUAAUAAAUGCCAACAAGAUUUAAAGACAAGUGGCGGAGCUGACCGGAAACGAAGGCGGCCACGAAGACCACGAGAAGGAUGGUGAGACGAAAUUCAAGCUAUUGACAGCGGCAAAGUGAAAGUGAAAUAUUUAUGAUCAACAGAGAGAAGUUUCCAACAACAAUCACAUGGAAAUAGUUUAAAAUGGCAAUUUUAAAAUCCAAAGGACUUUUAUACUGAAGCAAGCAAAAUAAUCGUAAACGGGAGUAAAGCACAUCACGGAAAAACACCAUACACACGCACGCACACGCAAGCACACAGGAAUAUUAAGCACAACAUUUACAAUAACAACGUGCAUAAAUACAUAUUACACAUUUGAAUGUGAAAAAACUUACUUUAACUUUAGAAAGGAAAUUGUUUUAGGAAAUAUCACGUCAGCAUAUGUAAACCGUUUGUUUUUAUUGCAUUGUGAGCAUUUCAAAAUUGUCAUUAUAUUGUUUGUAUCCUUUAAUAUCCGUACUGUUAUUUGCACAUUGAACAAAGCUUAAAAAUACUUCAAAAUACACUUUUAUUAAUCCAUGUACCAGGUAUUUUCUCUUUUAUUUUGUUAUUUUUAUUAUUUUCAAAUUGGAAAACUUACAAGACAUUUCAUUAAGCAAUAUGAAAUUAAAUCCCAAACAAAUAUAGUUUAAAACUACAAUAGUUAUGAAAAAAUAUUUCCCACUCAACACAAAACACUAAGUCGAACAAAAAAAUUAGGCCAAAACUGUUGUUAUAUUACCAAAGUAGUUAGCCCAGGGAUGAUUGAUUAUGGUGUUAAUUUUUAAUUACGUCGACGUAAUUAAAACUUCAAAAUCGAAAGGAAUGCUUCCCAAUGUGGACUAUACUAUCGUAACAGAGCUAGCAAGAUCUGAAGUUGAAAGUAUGAUCUGUAUUCUUAUACUAUGUGCCGAAGCAGAGUCGUUCCUUGAGUAGCGCCUAAAAGAUGCAAAGUGAAAUGGGCCAACUUCAAUCCAAUGCUAAUGUCCAACUUACCCUUUAUAAUUUGAUUACGAUUUAGAAGUGUUCAUGAGUUUACAAAAAGCAAAAUAUUUCCGAAAACAUGAACACACAGUAGAACCGCUAACUUCCAUUGAUUGUCAGCCAACUUUUUAUAUAUGUAUGUACAUAACUAUAUACUAUCAUCUAUACACAUCCUUGUACGUACAUACAUAUAUAUGAUGUGAGUAUAAACCACACAAUUCUAAGACAACACUACUAAGUUUAUACCAAAAAUUAUACAAAACACGGCAGAAGUGUAGAAUAAUAAAUAAAUAAUAAUUAUGAAUAAAGUUAUGUAGAUGAAAUCAAAUUAUGUAGUUGAUUGUCCGAUUCAAUGUUAUAAAUGUUUUCCAGUCUAUGAAAUUUAAAAUGUCUCAAAACAAUUUAAAUGCAGUGCUAAACCAAAGGGUAAUAUACAACAAAUUUAGAUAUACACAUAUACACAAACGUAGAUAAAUGCGAAACAACACAAAAAAUCAGCCAUAAAGAGUUGCAACAGAUAACUCCCAAUUUUUAGACUGAAAAUUAGUAACAGUAAAAGAAAAACUAAAUGACAACAAAACUCAGCUGACAAAUAAGAAAUCCUAAAGAGAAAUUCAAUUAUAUGAACAACGUGAAUUUAUUAUACUCAGUUAAAGAACAAAACAUUUAAUAUUAAAUACAACAGGUAAAUUGAAAUAAAACGCGCUACAACACAAAACGCCUCAAAUUCCUUUGAAUUAUUGUGCGGAUGCCACUUAAAGCGUGUAGCGCAUAAAUAAAUGCGCAAAUUUUUAAAUUAUUUGUUACGAAUACUUUGUAUACACUUAUUAAAAUAACUAGUACUAAUGGAAUGACACACUAUUAGUGUGUCUGAAUAAAUUUGAUAUUCGAGUUUACGUUAUACCUCCUUUUUGGAUGAAGCAAUGAAUGUUGUGACUGGUUCAGAAAGGAUGUGAUGGGAGCAGAAUCCAUUAUAAUUUUUUUUUUUAUCAAUUUAAGAGUCUUCGUCUUAUAAAUAAACUUUCUUUUGAUUCCUAUUGAAAUAAAUGUCUAGUGUUUAUCGCCUUUCAUAUGUGAGUAAAGUUUAUCUUAUUUCCUAAGCAAAAAAAUUGCAAUCAUAACUCGUUUACUGCUGAAAUGACACAACUUCAUUUGAUAUAAUUUUUAAAAACAAACUAAAAGCAAUAAAAGGCUAAGCAUUAGCAUUUUAAUUUGAUUUUUAUAAAAUAAAAAUACUAUAGAAUUAUUUCGAAGUUUUUAAGUUAAAUGAGCAAGAAAUCACACACAGUAUGAGAUGAAUUUUGCGUUAAUGUGUAAUAUUUUUUCACAAUCAUACAUACAUACAUAAAUAUGUAUGCAUAGCUAGAAGAUGAAAAGUUAUAAACGCUAAAAACAAGUUACUAAAAAUCACAAAAAAAAAAAAAAAAUGACAUGAAAAUCGGUGUUUACAACUAAAGGCGAACUAGAUAAGUGAAAAUUUUGAACGUAAUAUAGUAAAAGAUUAAUUUACUAAUAUUGAAAUAUAAGAAUAAAUGCAGAUAUUUUUAAAAAGUGA